AUGAAGUUAGUCAUUUGUGUUAUUAUUGAUAAAGAACGAGAUGCCAUAUUAUUAUGUGAACAACAAUAUAAUCGUGGAUAUUGGUUUCCAUAUGAUGAACUGAAACCAGGUGAAACUCGUGUAUUAGCAGCUAAACGUAUUUCCUUGAAGGCUUGCUCAAGUGACUGUGAUCUCGUAACAUUACUGAAAAUACGCUGUUGUGAUCAAUUGCCAUGCUUUCAAAGUUUUCAAACUUUUUAUCUUUUGAAUCGUGGCAAAGCAGCGAGGAACAAUUCAAUCAGUACAAAUCAUGUUUGGAUGACGUUAGAACGUCUGAAGACAGCAGUGAAAAAUCGAGAAUUACUCGGGAUGGAACCGUUGUUUCAAUUGAAAUCGAUAUUAGAAAAACAACAGUCACAUGAAGAUCCUAUUCUGGGUAGUCAAGUAAUUGAAGAACCAGUGUUGCAAUUUAUUGAAUGUAAACAACCCGAUCAAAAUAAUCAAACAAAUGCAUCACCUCAAGAACAGCUAAUCGGAUCUGCUAAAUUUAAUGCUAAAAUUCAGGAAAAAGUGUUCAAAGAAUUUUAUUCACAUACAUUUCCAAGUGAAUAUAUGAGUUAUCAAACAUUUGGCGAAGCAAUGGAUAAUAAAAUUUUGGCACCCGAUAAACAUAAAUUACAGCAUUAUUUUAGAGCAUUCGACUCACAACAAAAGUCAUAUUUAACCUAUUCAGAGUAUCUGCUAGGCUUAGCAGCUUUGGAUCCGAACACGUCUCAUGGCGGUGCACCUGCUGAACAACGGUGUCGUUAUAUAUUUCGAUUUUAUAAUACAACUAACAGUGGCUCAAUUUCAAUUGAUGAAUUUAGAGAGUUACAUGCUGAUGUACAAAAUCUAAAAGGUGGUAAAACAAAUAUUAACGGUGAUCCACCACCCUACAACGAAGUUCUCGCGGCAUUUAAUUCAUUCAGUAUACAAACAGAUCAUAAAUUACAAUUAACAGAUUUUCUCAAUUCUGUUGGUCAAUUAAAAUAUCGAGGUACAUCCGUUCUAUUUCGUUUAAAUUCAAGUGUGCAAGAGCUAUUGCGAGUGUCAAAACGAUACAAGGAGUCUAAAUCAGAAUCUUCAUUUGAUAAAUCCGUACCAAAUCAACCGUACGAAAUAGCUGAUCAUUGUGUGACGUUAAAAAAAUCUGGUACAUUGGCACAAGUCGAAUCGUUGCGAACAAUGAUUAAUCGAAAUGCUGAUCAGUUAAGUUAUACGACGGAAAAUGCAUUCAAAAAUCUGCCACGUUCUUCGUCGGAGGAAAUAUUCGAUCGUCGCACAGUGGCAACCGAUAUACAAGAUUCACUAAGAUAUUUUGAAAAACGUGAUCAAACAAAAGAGGCGUUGACGUGGACACCUAGUUCGUUUGCAAGUUUAGCCAAAUGCAUUAUUAAUUUGUGUAAAGAAGUACGUGAAGUGAUAAAACGUGAACCCAGAUGCUUAAAAGUAUCGUCGCCUUGCUACAUUUUAGGCGAUAUUCAUGGUAAUUAUCAAGAUUUAGUUUGUUUUGAAAAGUCUUUGUGGCGCGCAACACCAUUGCUAUCUCCAGCCUCAUUUGUUUUUCUGGGCGAUUUUGUCGAUCGAGGAAUUCACGGAUUGGAGGUUAUUAUCUAUUUAUUAGCAGCAAAAUAUCAAUGCCCGAAAAAGGUCGUCUUAUUAAGAGGCAAUCAUGAAAUACGUAAAGUACAACAAAUGUUCAGUUUUUAUCGGGAAUGUAUGACAAAAUUUGGUGAUUCACUCGGUAAAGAAGUAUGGGAAGCGAUCAAUACUGUCUUCGAUGUUUUACCAUUAUCUGCUGUAAUUGACGAUAAGAUUUUAUGUUUACAUGGGGGUAUUCCAAGUCCAUUAAAUUGUCCCGGUGAUUUUAUUACAACAGUGAAUGAAAUACCGAAUCCAUUGAGCGAUCCAGAAAACGAGAGCCCACUUGCUUGGGAAUUAAUGUGGAAUGAUCCUUAUAGCAUUGAUUCAACAAACCAAGCUCCAGUCGGAGCAACCGGUGGCUUUUUUAAUAAUACAAGACGUAGUACUGGAAAUUUUUUUACAACAGAAGCAUUAGUGGCAUUUCUAGAAAAAAAUAGUUUUACUCAUGUUGUGCGAGCUCAUGAAGUACAACAAGUUGGUUUUAAGGUACAAUUAAAUGGACGAUUGUUAACUGUAUUUUCAUCUUCACAUUACUGUGGUGGCACUAACGAAGCGGCAACUGUACUAUGUGAUUCUGGUAAACUUCGAUUAAUAAAACUGGAUACAACUUGA